AGGCGUGUAUGUUCUGCGCAUGCGUACUGUCGUCUACAACUCUCGAGUCGGGCAGACAUCAACAAGAGAGCGGGUUUACGGAUGCGGGCUCCAUGUUCACCAUAUAGUCCCAUUUUAACCAAACCCAUUUACGGACUUUUUGGAAUAACUUUACGCAACUUGCAACAAGAUGUUUGGCUUUCACAAGCCAAAAAUGUACAGGAGUCUGGAUGGCUGCUGCAUCUGCCGUGCAAAGUCAUCCAGCUCUCGCUUCACAGACAGCAAGCGCUAUGAGAAAGACUUCAGGAGCUGUUUUGGACUGAGUGAAACACGAUCUGGAGAAAUCUGCAAUGCUUGUGUGCUCCUGGUGAAGAGAUGGAAAAAGCUACCUGUGGGAACCAAAAAGAAUUGGAACCACGUGGUUGAUGCCAGAGGAGGUCCUAGCCUAAAGUUAACCUCCAGGCCCAAGAAGAUCAAGUCUAUCACCAAGAAAGCCCGUCCGAGCCAGAUCAGCCGGCUGCAAAAAGAGCUUAAAAGAAACAACUCUGACGCCCACAGCACCACCUCCAGCACCUCUCCGGCCCAGUCACCCAGCUACAGCAACUUGUCUGAUGACGGCUCUGACACAGAGCUUAGCCGGGGAUCCGUACGCUCGCCUGUCUUCUCCUUUCUGGACCUAACCUACUGGAAAAGACAAAAGGUAUGUUGUGGAAUCAUCUACAAGGGUCGCUUUGGGGAGGUGCUCAUCGACCCCCACCUGUUCAAACCCUGCUGCCGCAAGAAGCAACAGCAGCAACAGCAGCAGCAACAACAACAACAACAGCAGCAGCGACACGAAGUUGACGACGAUGAUGACGAAGAAGAAGAGGAAGAGGCCGAGGCCGAUGAGGGCCAGGUGGCUGUCCGCCGGAUGACGCCCCCACCUGAGGAGCAAACAAAGGAGGCGCCGACAUGCGGGCAAAAUGCAGUGAUGAUGUCGGAAGAAGGCUGGUAAAGUCACAAAGCUCACACAUCUCUGGAAAAAAGGUCUUUUUUGUCCUUCUCAACAAGCACUUAUAAGAAGGAGUCUACUCACGCCGCCUUCGACAAAGCAGCUGAAAAUCUUUGGUCUUCUCCAUUACAACAAUGCUGGAGGUUUGUUUGUUGUAUUUAGAUGGUUAAUGUAUGAACUUUUGUGUUUUUAUUUUAUUUAAAAUAGUCUCACCUUCCUGACAAAUGGACCAUUGUCUGUAUUUUUUUUUUUUCUGUCGUUAGAUACAUGCUGGAGUUUUAGUUUGCUGGUACGUUUGAAUUUCACAAUGCAAUAGAUCCCAUUUCUUCCUGAAGAUGGUGCUGCUUUUAAGUUUGUCACCCAAAACAGUUAGUUAGAAAUGACCUCAUCCUCAAGAAAAUCAGCAUGCAUAGUGUAUAUAGAAUGUGAACACAACGCUGUAAAAAAAAUGAGACUGUAAUGAAUUUUUUUCAAAACUUUUCCCCCCCCCUACCAAAAAAGUAUGUGGCCUUUGACAAAUAGAAAAAUAUUGUCUGCUACUAUUGCAUACUUUAAAAUGAAUACCGUAUGUCUGUUUAAUGCCAUGUCUACUUUAACAGCUCUGAUACAGCAGGAUUUCUGUGUGAAUGAGACAAAAAGUUACCACAGUCUUCAUAUUUUCUUGUCAAAUUUUUUUUCAUUGUCAGUGGAAUUGUGUAGGUUAUCUUUAAACGCUGACUUAUUUUAACAGUGCUGUGUUCACUUUCUACACCCGCUGUAAUAAUCCAGGGUGACUAACAAUUUCACUCACAUCUGUUCAGAGAACUUUUUCAUCCCGUUCCUAGUAAAUGUUAUUCAUUAAUGGCGGCCUCUUCCCGCUCACUGAGUACCGGUACACACUGCAUGUGCACAGUAGCGUUAAUGUGAUCCACUCCCAAGUUAAAAGAGUUUGUUUGUCAACAGGAUUAAGUGUCUGUGUGUUGAAAUACUCCCAUGGGAAAAUAAGGCCUAUUCACAGCUCCAACAGCAAAUACACCAGCCUUACUCUUCAUGUCACAGCUUAUAGAUGGGGGGUGUCCACAGUGCUGCUCAGGGGUCAUUUUCGCCCCACAGCUCUUUUUUUAAAAUCGGCAUAUUCUAAAAAUAGAAAAAACAUUAAUGUGAGACACAUGAGAUAGCACACUCAUUUGCGUGGUCACCUAUAACACAUACUGUAGCGAAGAUGUGGGAUUUCUUUCUUAGUCAAUAUUGACCUACAUGUUGAUUGUGUUUAGCAUCUUUAAGCUACAAUAUGUAUCAAAGUGGCCACUCGUCCUUCAGUUUUUCUAUAUGUGGCCCGCAAUGGUAAAAGCUUGGACACCCCUGGUUUAUAGUAUUUAUUCCAGAUUGGUUUUGAGGAACAACAAAACAAGGGACAGUAGUUAUAUUUAUUAUUGUGGCCUCAGCAACACGUAGUGCAUUUUUUUUCACCUGAUGACCUGCAAGCCCACUCUCAUCGAAAGAUCCGAUUAUCUCAUGCAUGAGUCUACUAAAUUGCAUGGCCUUAUAUAAACUUGUAAAUCUUACUUUUUAUUUUUUUGGGAUCAAUUUCUCUUGAGCUUAUUUUUGUAUGUAAACAAAAAAAAAGAAAACUGAAAAACAAACGUGUCUUUGCAUAACAAUAACACACAAUAUGACAGCGAAAACACCUUAUCAAUCUAUAGUCACUCAGCAAUACGAAUCAGUCAUUUGUCACUCCUGGGUCAGUAUAAGAUAACUUUAUACAAGCUGAAGUUUUAUGCCAUUGUCUCAUAAUAUACCACAAAUGUGUUGUGAUACUCACUUGUCUGUUUAUUAGGCACCCACAUAUCUUUUUUAAUCAAAUAUGUGUUAAAUUGUUGUGUUGUAUAAGUUACUCCUAACAUUCAACUUACCUGAAUUUGUGUUGGCACAAUUUGGAUGCCUCAUAGAGCUUCAAAAUUACAGCUAAAAUAGAAAUGUGUUGUGUACUCAAUAAAUGCACAAGUGAGUAUAAUAUAAUUUUAUUCAUCAAGAGAAAGCCAAAGCACAUUAGAUUCACCCAAUGUAAAAAUAAACAAUGCAGGUUUUCUAUGGACACUGUCCGAGGUCAUUUGUAUGUAUGUGUAUGUUAUUCCUUAAAAAAAAGAACACUAAUAUGAAAUUUCACACGUGAUGUUGUAGUUGGGAUACAGCAGUGGUGUUCUGUAUAUAGUGGGCUAGGUUGGCCUUAUGCGGCCCUGACGGGGGUUUCUUUAUUUAUUUAUUUCUUAUUUAUUUCUAUUGUUGCAUCCCUGCUUCUCAAGUAUAUACUUUGAAUUCUUUCCCCACUUAUGCUUAAUAUACAUUUUAAUGGAAAAAAGCGAUUGUAAUUCUUUUGCCAGGUUUGUUUCACAUGGCAUCAAAAGACUGGUUGUCCAUACUUGUGAAGUGUUAAAUAUUUAUUUUGCUCAUCAUUUGAGUUGUGUGCAACCUAACUUAUUAUCUGCCGUCAUCACAUUAGGUGUGUGUCAUGUAGCCUCGGCAGCUGGUAGACUGCAACCAAACUUGUACUCCCCCCCCCCCCCCCCCCCUUCUAGCUUGUAGCUUAGAAACGCCGCCCAUCAGUAGGAUCCAUACAGAGCUUAGACUGCAUGUACUGUUGCUAUGCAUUAUUUCGCUUACAAGUUAGAUGAAGCAGUUUUGUAUUUUUUUAUACAUCAUGUACUUUUUUUACUUGUCCCUUAAUAAAAGUAAU